AUGGACACCAUCCCUUCUGAGCUCUUGGCGCAGAUCUUCCAGAUUUUGACGGUCGCGGACAGACCACUCGCGAAUUGGCACCCCGUCAUAUGGCAUGAAUCUGAAGACUUGGUUGGAUCGGCGAGAGUCAGAUCUGCUUCGGAAUGGAUCAGAGAAGGGACGCCAUCGCUAGGUUGGGUCAACGUUACCUUCGUCUGCCGGUAUUGGCGGGAAUGCGCUCUGCGAACGCCAUCGCUGUGGACGUAUCUGUCGGACAUCGCGCGACACGGAGGAUGGUGGCUACAACGAUUUGUUGAGCGCGCGAAGGAGGCAGGCCUAUGCUACGACGACAAGGACGUCGCCACCGUACGCCGCGAUCGCCACAUGCUGCUAUCCGAACAUAUGCAUCGCAUCAGCACUCUUCACUUGGUCAACGCUGCGGAUUCUGAGUGGGGUUUUGUGGAUCGUAUAUAUGAGGAUAUAUUCCAGAAGUCUGCGCCCAUGCUUCAUGAUCUCAGCCUUCAGGACUUUGCCUCAUUGAAUAUACCGUCCAGUUUACCCAAUCUGCGCUGCUUGCGUGUGCGCAAUACAGACCUGAUCCCAUGGCCAAACCAGCUCUUCACGUCAAACCUAUCAUCUUUCGAAUACCAUCCUCGGGCGAUGUCAGGUAGCCUCGAGAUCAACCCGAUGUUCGACGCUCUGCGCGAGGCGCCGAAUCUGCGUUCAUUGACAUUAGAUCUCACUGGGAUCCAGCAGAUCAAGUCUACUGGUAUCCCUACGGUCACUCUGCGCAGUCUCAAGCAUAUCGACAUAGCUGCAGAGGCCGAGACUGUCUUGACAGUGCUCAAACAUAUCAUCUUCCCUCCCACCGCUACUCUCCGCAUAGUGUCCCAGCCCGAAGACCCAAGCGCCCAUGCCGCGCACGAGGCCAUCAAUAUUGCACUUGUAGACCUCUAUGUGGACCUUACUCGGGACUCAGAGCUCCCCGCAUUCAGCGUGGUCGAAGUCUUCACAAAAAUGGAGUCGCUCUACUUCGCAGCCGCGCGCGAUCGCCCCCCUGAGGUCUCGUUCGUCAAGCCAUCCUACGACCUGGUCUUCGAGCUUCCUGCCAUCCUGAAUACGUCAAACUGGGACUGUGCGAACAACAUCCACGGUCUCGUUACGAAGAUAUCGGGCCGUCUUUGUAAGAAGGAGUCGCUGCGCGAGCUGCGUAUAUCGGGCGCAUGGAGCCAGACUUCGAUAUCCAUGUUCUACGAUCUGUGGCAGGUGGAACAUCUGGAUCUUACGGGGAUAGCCGUGAAGUUCUUAGUGGAGUACAUGACGGGACAGAUCAAGCCUCGUAGUUCGCCGGGGCUUGGGAAUCAAGUGAAGACGCUCGCUCUGCGUCCUGGCAUUUUGGACCAUGGUUUGUGCAUGCAAUUGGCUCGGGCCAUCCGGGAGAACAGGUCAAAGAGGACGAGCACGCUCGAAGUGAUCUACCUGCGGAAGGCCGACUUGUCGUUGUUAGGGGGUUUCUGGGAAGAGGCGGGUGUGGAGAUCGUGGGUGCAUAG